UGUUUCUUGUUUUCAGCUUUAGAACCACUAGUUGUGCACAAUGGCCAGGACUAAGCAGACCGCUCGUAAGUCUACCGGUGGUAAAGCUCCUCGUAAACAAUUGGCUACUAAGGCUGCCCGGAAAAGUGCACCUGCUACUGGGGGAGUAAAAAAGCCCCAUCGUUAUCGCCCCGGCACCGUGGCCCUGCGAGAGAUCCGCCGCUAUCAGAAAUCUACUGAGCUGCUCAUCCGCAAGCUGCCCUUCCAGCGCCUGGUGCGUGAAAUCGCCCAGGAUUUCAAGACCGAUUUGCGCUUCCAGAGCUCGGCCGUUAUGGCUCUGCAGGAGGCUAGUGAGGCGUAUCUGGUUGGUCUCUUCGAGGACACCAACCUGUGUGCUAUUCAUGCCAAGAGAGUCACUAUUAUGCCUAAAGACAUCCAGUUGGCUCGGCGCAUCCGUGGGGAAAGAGCUUAAAGACCCCCUUUUGCAACCACUUAAAAACCCAAAGGCUCUUUUAAGAGCCACCACAUUUACACGAAAAAGAGCCGUAUCCCUUUUAAUUGGUCGGGUAAGGUACGUAAUAUCUGUAGCGUUGAAUGUAAAACGGCUUGCUAGUCUAGGAUAUUUGCGGGGGGGUGGGGGGUAAGCUUAGUGCACAAUUAGUGUCUUAAAGACUAUAUUCUUUAUUAUCAGGAACCCCUCCUUCUUUCCCUACAUUUCGUGGAUGGGUUUAGUUCCUCAACUUGUGUAAAUUCCAAUCAUAACAUCCAACAUCA